AUGAACUGUUUCUGGCUACCUUUUGCCAUCUGGAAGCGCCGCUCCUGGCUGGUGGCUGGCCUCUUGCUCCUUUUGCUGCUGCUGCUCCGGCACUUGGCCAUGCAUGAAAGACUGAAGAGCAAUCCUAGAGAAAAGCUGUUCCACCUCCACCAGAAGACCGCUUUCCCCCACUCUUUCGCCAAGGCGUGGGGCUCGGGAAAGGCCGGCUUGGAAAAGCAGGGGGGGCCCAACAUCGUCUUUCUGAAGACCCACAAGACGGGCAGCAGCACUGUGCAAAAUAUCCUUUUCCGCGCUGGCGAGCAGCGCAACUUGACUGUGGCCUUUCCCCGUUACUCCUACCAGUUUGCGUACCCUGAGCACUUCUCCAGGGACUUUGUGGAAGACCUCCCGCCGAGGGCCGCCCGUUUCAACUUGCUGUGCAGCCACAUGCGACUGGACGCGGGGGAAGCGCGGGCCGUCGUGCCCCCUCCGGCCGUCUUCCUCACCAUCCUGCGCGACCCCGCGCGGACCUUCGAAUCCGUCUUCCACUACUAUCGGAACAUUGUGCCCGCCUUCCAGCCCCUGUCCAACCACUCCAAGCCGUUGCUUGCUUUCCUCGAGGCGCCCCACCGAUACUACAACGCUCAGGACGUCAGCAACGGGCUCGCCAGGAACCCCAUGACCUUUGACCUGGGCCUGAACACGAGCCAGGAAGCAGCGCCGAGCGACCGGUGGGCGAGCGAACUGGAACGGCUCAACCGGACCUUCCAGCUGGUGAUGAUCGCGGAACAUUUCGACGAGUCCUUGCUUCUCGCGCGGGAAUUGCUGGGGCUGGGCAUGGACGAGCUGAUGUACGUCCGGCUGAAUGUCCGUCACAAGGAGGAGGAGCCAAUGGCCAGGGAACUGGUGCAGAAAAUCCAGGCCUGGAAUUGGGUCGACGUGCAACUCUAUAGGUUUUUCCAGAGUGUCUUCUGGCGCAAGGUGGAGCGCUACGGCUACGUGCGCAUGAAGCGGGAGUUGGCCGCCUUCCGGGCCCUGCUGCGGAAGGCCGCAGGGAAGUGUCUGGCCGGGGAACCGGUUGGCCCGGAGGUCAUGGCGGACGAGCUGCGGCCCUGGCAGCCGGGAAGCGUCACCAUCCUGGGCUACAAUCUCAGGCAGAACCUCACCUCUGACCAAUACAGAGACUGCUUCAGAAUGGUCCUGCCCGAACUCCAGUAUCAUGCUUACCUCUAUUACAGGCAAUACGGAAGGGACAUGCGCCCCCUUCCCACUGCGUGA